AUGGAACUGACGCCUUUACAACGAAAUGUCCUGGACAAAUACGAGACACUUUCCAAAUCAUUACACAACCUGGACACUACUAUUAAAGAGCUAAAAGAGAACAGCUCUUCGGAGUCUCCAGAGCAGGUGCUGCGGCAGCUGCGAGAAAUUGAAGUCAAAAUUGCAUUGAUUGGAACGCUUUUCAAAGGAAGCGUGUAUUCUCUGGUUUUGCAAAGGCAAGCCAAGCAGAAUACAAAAAAGGUAUGA